AUGAUGUCUAGUUUAAGGGUGCUCGAGAUCAAGAGUUGCCCUGCACUUGAGGUGUUUGAUUUGUUUCAGAAAGGUCAUAACUACACAACUGAGCAUAAGCCAUGGUUGCCCAGUCUGAGGAAACUCAUCAUUUGUGAUUGUCCUCAUUUGCAACCACAGAUCCCCCUUCCACCUUCAGCCACAUUUUCUGAACUUUUAAUCAGUGGAGUUUCAACAAUUAUGACAAUGGAGGGAUCUUCCAUGGAAAAUUUCAAAAUUAGCGGAGAUACACUUUUGCGUGAUACAGUCGAUGACAAAAUUUUGGCAUUCCAUAAUCUUAAGGAUAUCAAAUACUUGGAGAUAUUGUGGUGCAAAAACCUAACAUCUAUUUCAUUCAAAGGUUUGAGUCAGCUCAUCUCUUUAAAGAGUUUGAAAAUAGAGUACUGCACAGAACUUUUCUCUCUAGAUUUUGUGGCAGAGCAUACCCAUGAAGACAUGAUAACUGUAAAAGAUGCUGCUCUCCCAUCUCUUGAAAGUCUCUAUAUUAAAGAAUGUGGAAUGACGGGAAAGGGGCUAUCUCUGAUGCUGCGACAUUCGUCAACCCUGAAGGAAUUGGAUUUAAUUGGCUGUCCGCAGUUGAAACAACUGAAGAUAGAAGAGGAAGAAAAAGUCCCAGCUUCUUGGACAUCAAGAUAUCUAUGUGAUGCGUCAUCAGGAUAUGCAGAUGACACACGGCCAAGCAUAGCUGUAGAUGAACUCGUGCACAUUCCGUUGAAUCUCAGAAAGAUAACAAUUGGUGGAUGCCCUCAUCUAAUAUUUGAUGGGAGUAGGGAAGGAUUGGCUGGAAUUACCAUCCUCGGGGAGGAGGUAGAGGAAGAGGGCCAAGAGAAUGGCAGAUGUCUCCUCCCGCAAUCACUUGAACAACUUGUUUGGUAUGAUUAUUCCCAAAAAACUCUGCGGCCCUGCUUUGUGGGUAAUCUCCCGUGCCUCAAAAAGUUGGAAGUAAACAGUGGAAGCUUGGAAUAUCUACAGCUGGAUUCCUGUACGGCCUUAGAAGAUUUAGAAAUUAGAUUGUGUGAACAGCUCGUCGCAUUACAAGGCAUGCAAUCGCUUGGAACCCUCAGGUCUUUGGUGUUAUGUAAGAACUCAAGAUUUGAAUCACUACAGCUGCAUUCCUGCACAGCGCUGGAAUGUUUGGAAAUUCAUCAGUGUAGAUCGCUUGUCUCAUUAGAGGGCUUGCAGUCUCUCGUGAACCUGAAACAUUUGAUAAUAGUUAAGUCCCCUACCUUGGAUUACUUUAGCAUAAUGGAGAGUUAUGAGCCAGUUGAGGGUAUUUCAAGUCAUAGCUGUGAGUUAUUCCCUGCACUGGAAAGUCUCGAGACCGAUAACUUGUCUACCCUGAACAUGUCAUUCUGCAAGGGUCUCACCUGCCUCCGAAGCCUAAGGCUUACUCAUUCGGAUGCAACGAGACUAACAGAUGAGCAAGAGAAAGCACUUCUGCUCCUUGGGUCCCUGCAAGAGCUCCAAUUUAAGCAUUUUUGGCAUCUCGUAUAUCUUCCUACAGGGCUGCGCAGCCUCCCUUCCCUCAAGAGUUUGGAGAUCAUAUUUUGUAAUAGCAUAUCAGGGCUUCUGAAGGAGGGCCUCCCACCUUCGCUGGAAAAACUGGAGAUCUACAACUGCAGCGCCGAGUUAUCAGAAGGAUGCAGAUUACUAGCAACAAACAAGCUAGAGGUCGAAAUUGAUGGGGACUAUGUGGACUGA